AUGAGGGGGGAUAAUCAGAGCAGCGUGUCUGAGUUCCUCCUCCUGGGGCUCCCCAUCCCGCAAGGGCAGCAGGGCGUGUUCUUCGCCCUGUUCCUGGGCAUGUACCUGACCACGGUGCUGGGCAACCUGCUCAUCAUCCUGCUCAUCAGGCUGGACUCUCGCCUGCACACGCCCAUGUACUUCUUCCUCAGCCACUUGGCCUUCACUGACAUCUCCUUUUCAUCAGUCACAGCUCCAAAGAUGCUCAUGAAUAUGCAUACUCAGGAUCAAUCCAUCUCCUAUGCUGGAUGCAUUUCCCAGGUGUACUUCUUCUUAUUUUGGGGGGAUCUUGAUAGCUUCCUUCUCACCUCAAUGGCCUAUGACAGAUAUGUGGCCAUCUGUCAUCCCCUCCACUAUACAACCAUCAUGAGUCAGAGCCUGUGUCUUUUGCUAGUAAUUGUGUCCUGGGUCCUAUCUUGUGCUAGUGCUCUUUUGCACACGCUCUCUUAUGGCCGUAUUGGGGCCAACAUCCUGAAAGUCCCCUCCACCAAAGGCAUCUGCAAAGCCUUGUCCACAUGUGGCUCCCACCUCUCUGUCGUGUCUCUGUACUAUGGAGCAAUUAUUGGGCUGUACUUUUUUCCUUCAUCCAACAACUCCAACAACAAGGAUGUCAUUGUGGCUGUAUUGUACACCCUGGUCACUCCCAUGCUAAAUCCCUUUAUCUACAGUCUCAGGAAUCGGGAUAUGAAAGGGGCUCUAGGAAGUAUAUUCAGUAGAGGAACGUGUUCCCCAUGA